AUGUCAUCAUUGACUUCUUUGAACCUGGAACUUUAUGAAGUCCAGUCAAAAAGAUGGCCUGCUACUGGCCGUCAUAUUAUGGCUCAAUAUGACGAAUCUACAAUUACUGUUUAUCAAGCAUUUAAACCUUCCAUUGCUCAUUAUGCUGUUGAAAAUCAAAAAUUUGGUGGUCCAAGUUUUUCAUGGUUUUUAUUUUUAAUUCAUUUAAUUCGUUUACACUUCACAUUUAUCUCUAUAAAUGCAUCUGGAUGGGCUACAAAAAAAGACCAAGGAAGAAUUUUGGCCAUCAAAAUAACUCUUCAGGGAUUUCAAACAAUUCUUUCAAAUGCAGUCGCUUCAACAUAUGGGCAAGUUAGAAAUAUCUUUGCUAGCGAAAAAGAGUGGAAUAUAGCAUUAAAAACUUCAGAUAUUAGAUUACAAUGGGAUCCUGAUCAUGGUUUAGUUGGAGAAAAAUUAAAUCGUAGGGCAAUUCAAUUAGGCAUCCGUGGCAAGUUCUUGGAACAAUAUUCUAAUGAAUGGAUUCAAAGCAUUGAAGACAUUACUGAGUUUGUUAAAGAGCAACAUAAAUUAGUGGUAGAGAAGAAAUUUGAUCAAGUUAUGACACCUUUUGAAAUGGUUUAUAAUGUUCCAAAAGAGCUAAGUAAAAGAAUUGGUUUGGAGAUUGUGAAUGAAUAA